AGCAGGGCGGCGGCUCUCCCGGCGCAGACGCAGGGCCCGGGCGGCGGGCGAUGCCCGAGUGAGCGCAGGCCGGGCCCCUGCCCCCUAGCAGGCAGCUUCCGCGCAGGCCGCUGGGCGUCCUCGCGGCGGGGCGGCUUCGUUCCGAUCCCGGCGGCGGCGGCGGCAGCGGCAGCGGUGGUGGUGUAGGCAGAGGGGACCCGGGACACCUGAAUGCCCCCGGCCCCGGCUCCUCCGACGCGAUGGGGAAGGUGCUAUCCAAGAUCUUCGGGAACAAGGAAAUGCGGAUCCUCAUGCUGGGCCUGGACGCAGCCGGCAAGACCACGAUCCUGUACAAGUUGAAGCUGGGCCAGUCGGUGACCACCAUUCCCACGGUGGGUUUCAACGUGGAGACGGUGACUUACAAAAACGUCAAGUUCAACGUGUGGGAUGUGGGCGGCCAGGACAAGAUCCGGCCGCUCUGGCGGCAUUACUACACCGGGACCCAGGGUCUGAUCUUCGUGGUGGACUGCGCCGACCGCGACCGCAUCGACGAGGCCCGCCAGGAGCUGCACCGCAUUAUCAAUGACCGGGAGAUGAGGGACGCCAUAAUCCUCAUCUUCGCCAACAAGCAGGACCUGCCCGAUGCCAUGAAACCCCAUGAGAUCCAGGAGAAACUGGGCCUGACCCGGAUUCGGGACAGGAACUGGUAUGUGCAGCCCUCCUGUGCCACCUCUGGGGACGGACUCUAUGAGGGGCUCACAUGGUUAACCUCUAACUACAAAUCCUAAUGGGCAUCCUCCACCCAUCCCCCGGAAAGAGAGAAAUCAAAGACCCAUUCAUAGGAUUAUCGCCACCGUCAUCAACCUCUUUCAAUUGCCACUUUCUUUUUUGAAUCUGAACUCUGGAGUUACAGUUCUACGGUUUAGUGGGGUUGGGGUUUUCUUUGUUUCCUUUUUUUUUUUUUUUUUUUUUUUUUUUGCUUUGCGUUAGGAUGCUCUGAUCUGAUAUUUGACACGAAUACAGUGCUAGAUGCUCUUGUGACUUCCAGCAAACGGGGUGGGGUAAUAGCAGCUCUUGGUAAAAUCCUUUAUAAUAAUGGUUUGAUUUUUCUAUUUCGAGAGAAUCUUUUUUUCCCAUGUAUGCCUUUUUCCUUUUUGCCCAGUUUCUUAUCACUUGCUGUAGAUGGCUUAUUUUGCAUUCAUGCAGACUGUGUUGCAAGUCUGUUUCAUCUAGUAAACUGAAAAUGAUUGCUUAAUCAAA